AUGAACGAAAAAACCCCCGCAGACGGCAUCUCGCCCGUCUCCUCCGAAGCCACCUACACCCACACCACCAACCACCUGGAAGCCCUCGAGAAGCUCGAAAUCCUCCCUCAAAUCCUGCAAGAGGGCAUUCUCUUCGCCGGCUCCGGCGCGGCCCUCCUCCUCCAAGCCGCCCACCCCAACAUCCGCAACGCAUUCGACGAACUCACCCGAACCUCCACCUCCAGCAGCAGCAGCAGCAGCAGCAGCAGCAGCAGCAACCUAGCCACGACCCUCAGCAACACCCUCCAAACCGCCCUCAGCUACAUCGCCUGCCUGGUCUUCGGCACCCCUACUGAAAAGAAACAUCUCCUGACGCUCCUCCAAAAAGACACCCCCCCAUACCCUAACAGACUCCCCACCGACCCCUCCACCCAACUCUGGAUGACCGCAACCCUCUACGCCACCGCCACAGACUUCUACCAACGCAUCUACGGCCAGGUCGACUACCGCACCGCCGAACGCGCCUACCUCGAAUUCACCACCAUCUUAUCCUGCCUGGGCAUCGCCAAGGACGUCUGGCCCGCGACCCGCCAAGUCUUCUGGACGUACUGGGAUGAGCAGAUCGAGCGGUUAAGCGUGAGUGCGGAGGCGCAUCGCUUCGCCAAGGAUCUCCUCGAGAAGAGUGAUUUGCCGGGGUGGGUUAUGGCCGUGAAGCCCCUGUUGAGGGUGAUUACGAUUGAGAUGUUGCCGCCGAGCAUUCGGGAGGCGUAUGGGUUGAAGUCGUCGGCUACCACGAGGGGGUUGUAUCGCAGUACCAUGGGGUUCUCGGUCGCGGUGUAUCCGGCCUUGCCCGAGAAGUGGAAGGGGUAUCCGUUGAGGUUUUAUUUGGGGGAGUUGAGGGGGAGAUUAGGUGCUUAGUUUAGAUACUCUUGACUUUAUGUUUUAGGUUGGAUAUUCAGAGCGUGUGG